AUGUUCUGCGCGUCACACACAAGGCCUUCCUCUCGAAAGACAGAAGUGCUUCUUGCGGUACAGGUGUGUUUAACUUUGAUGUCUACAGCACAGAUGAUUGAACCAUCAAGUGACAAAAUAAAAAAUAUGACAAGGAAAGACAACACUUCCUCUCCGACUGAAAAUGUUGUGACAGAUGCCAUCGAUGAAGCGGACGAAAAUAAUAUUUUUUGUGAUUAUUACACAAUUUGGUCACCUUGGACUCGUUGUAAUCGCCACUGCCAACAAACCCGGAAGCGGAAAUGCAGAUUUCCUACCUUUUGUGGUCAUUCGCGCAUACGCGAAAAGCGACCCUGCAAUAGGAAGAGUGGGCCGUGUAAAGAGGUUACGUACAAGGUCAUUGGGUCAACAAAAUCAAACAGGAAAAAGGAGGAUUUGUUAUAUGACUUGUUUUAUAAGCCUUGGUCAUCGUGGGGAUCGUGUUCGAGAACGUGUAAAAAGAGGCGUCGCCGCCGGUGUAAGUUCACAGACGUAUGUGGAAGUGGCUAUCUUGAGGAAGAGCGAUACUGCCGUAUUGUCAACGACACCUGUCACGGCUCUUAUAUCAUAAGUACCAACAGGUUCAAGGUGGCACAAGCAGACAGGGAACGACACAAACAUGAAGCUGCUGCAUCUAAUAUAACGUUAGAAAGUCUUCAAGCCUCGUGUGGUCUACGGCCUCCUGGUACUAGCGGACGAUUUAAGAUAGUCGGAGGGCAAUAUUCAUCACCUAACAGUUGGCCUUGGCAGGUUGAAUUACUCAACAAACGGAAGAAACACUUUUGUGGCGGAACCCUGAUCGCCCCCUACUGGGUUCUCACGGCGGCUCACUGCAUACGAAAAAGAGGCAAAACCCGUAAGAUCAUUGUGCGUGUGGGAGAGCAUGACGUCACAAAAUUUGAGAAGACGGAAGAGGACUACACUGUUUCUAAAUAUUUUCCUCAUCCAUUAUUUAGUUAUAAAGCUGUCAUGAAUGACAUAGCAUUAUUAAAAUUGAAUUCGCCUGUAAGGACUUCUAAUAUUAGUGGUUAUGCAUGUCUUCCGGUGAAAUCCAAAAGACUAUCAAGUAGAACCAUUUGUAAGACUAUAGGCUGGGGUAGAACCCAGAGUAAGAGUUUGACAGGAAGUGACAUUUUAAAAGAAGCAGACGUACCGAUAGUCAAGAAAAGAAAAUGUCAAAAAGCAUUUGAUUUCACUAUUACUCGUUCCCAGCUUUGUGCCGGGUACAAACGAGGAGGAAUAGAUUCUUGUAUUGGUGACAGUGGGGGACCACUUCUGUGUCCUUUUGUGUAUAACAACAAUGAAACCCGUUGGUAUGUAAAUGGCGUGACAAGCUACGGUGAAGGAUGCGGAGAAAAGGGAAAAUUCGGAAUUUAUACAAAUGUUUUAAAGUACAUGCACUGGAUUCAAAAAAUCAUUUUGAAAAAAUAA